AAAGACUUUUGAGUUUGGAGUUCAGUUCAUCAGUUCAUCUCUCUCUAAUUGACCUCCAUCUCCAUCCCAGCUGAGAAUCCUCUUCCUUUUCACUCCAUAGCCUCUGUGUCCUCAACUCAGAGGAGGUCCAAAAUGAGUGUAAAGGUUUCUCAGUUGGCCCUUCUUCUUGCCGUGGGGGCAGCUCUCAUGGCUUGCUUUCCUACCAUGGAAGCGGCCGCAUCCAAUUUUUCAUUUGCGGAUAACUUCGAUAUAAUGUGGAAUGAGAGUCAUUUCAGGACCUCCCCAGAUGGGAAAGUCUGGUUUCUCUCCCUCGACAAUGUAACAGGUUGUGGGUUUCAAACAAAACAGAGAUACAUAUUUGGGUGGUUCACUAUGAAGCUCAAGCUUGUUGGAGGCGAUUCUGCUGGUGUUGUCACAGCCUAUUAUAUGUGUUCAGAUUUGGGAGCAGGGCCAACGAGGGACGAGCUAGAUUUCGAGUUCUUGGGGAAUAGAACAGGGGAACCUUACUUGAUUCAGACGAAUGUGUACAAAGAUGGAAUUGGGAACCGUGAGAUGAGGCAUAUGCUCUGGUUCGAUCCCACCGAAGACUUCCAUUCCUAUUCAAUCCUCUGGAACUCCCACCAGAUUGUGUUCUUCGUAGAUGCAGUACCGAUAAGGGUUUACAAGAACGCAGACACCACAAACAAUUUCUUCCCUAAUCAAAAACCCAUGUACAUCUUCUCCAGUAUCUGGAACGCCGACAACUGGGCAACCAGAGGUGGGCUGGAUAAGACGAAUUGGACAUUGGCUCCAUUCGUCUCCUCAUACACAGACUUCAACGUCGAUACUUGCCAAUGGCAAGACCCAUACCCUGCUUGUGUCUCCACUACCUCACAGCAAUGGUGGGAUAAAUACGAUGCUUGGCACCUCUCAGACUCUCAGAAGAAGGAUUACGCUUGGGUUCUCAGAAAUCUCGUCAUCUACGAUUACUGCCAGGACACACAGAGGUACCCAACCUUGCCGCCGGAGUGUGCCUUGAGUCCAUGGGCUUGAAAUUCAUACUUGUCUUUCAUUACCAUGCUAUCGCCCAUUGAUUACCAUUGAUCAUUCAUUCUUACUUCUCAGAUCGAUUUUGAAAGUAAAAUGUAUCAUCAUUCUUAUCAUUACUUCUUCCUUUUCUUCGAUCAAUGUAUUGUACUGUACUAUUGUAUUGAAUUUUUUCUUCUUUUGCGAACAUGUGUUCCUCUAUAACCAGUUUAUUCUCUCUCUAGUUGAGCCAAAUCCAAUGUAAAAUUCGAAAAUAAAGUAGACCUUAAGAAUGUAAUUGCUCCACCAAUGAAAUGAGAGAUCUCUAUAUAUAGAUUUUGCGAUA